AUGGAAGAAAGAUUUCCUGAAUUGGGAUCGAAGACUAAGGAUUGCAUUGACAUGAGUUGGAUUCAGUCUGUAUUAUUUUUGUCUGGAUACCCUUUAAAUGUUACACUUAAAGUGUUACUAAAUCAGACACAACCGAAGACAUUUUUUAAGAUAAAAUUUGAUUAUGUCAAAGAACCCAUUUCUGAAAUUGGAUUACAAGGGCUAUGGGAGAGACUGUUAAUUGAGGAGCUGACGUUUUUGACCUUCAUACCUUAUGGUGGAAGAAUGAGUGAGAUUUCAAAAUCUGCAUCUCCGUUCCCGCAUAGAAGAGGAAAUUUAUUUAAGAUCAUAUAUUUGGUGUCUUGGGACGAGAAACAGGACCAUGCAUCCAAAAAGUAUAUUAGUGGUGUUAGAAAUUUGUAUAAGUACAUGACUCCGUAUGUUUCAAAAUCACCAAGGGAAGCAUAUAUCAAUUAUCGGGAUCUUGACUUGGGUCAAAACAGUAAGAAUAGCAAAGCAAGUUACUCACAAGCAAGUACUUGGGGACACAAAUAUUUCAAGAACAAUUAUAAGAGAUUAGUGCGUGUGAAGAGCAAAGUUGAUCCAGAUAAUUUCUUCAGACAUGAACAGAAAUAUUCCAAGUAUUGCAUAUCAAGGAUAGAAUUGAUAUUGUAA